CCCGCGGUCGCCGCCGGGGCCGCGGCUGCCGCUGCUGACAACAAGAUGGCGGCGGCGGGGCCGGCGGGCCCCGAGAGCCGGGUGCUGGGCUACACCCUGCACCGCUGGAGCAGCUUCUCCUCCACCUACCUGCCCGAGAAUAUCUUGGUGGACAAGCCCAAUGAUCAGUCCUCAAGAUGGUCUUCAGAAAGCAAUUAUCCUCCCCAGUAUUUGAUUCUGAAACUUGAAAGACCUGCCAUAGUCCAGAGUAUCACAUUUGGCAAAUAUGAGAAAACGCAUGUCUGCAAUUUAAAGAAGUUUAAAGUCUUUGGUGGGAUGAAUGAGGAAAACAUGACAGACCUCUUAUCCAGUGGCUUAAAGAAUGAUUAUAACAAAGAAACAUUCACCUUGAAGCAUAAAAUUGAUGAACAGAUGUUCCCCUGUCGAUUCAUUAAGAUAGUUCCACUCUUAUCCUGGGGACCUAGCUUCAAUUUUAGUAUCUGGUAUGUUGAACUUAAUGGCAUUGAUGAUCCAGAUGUGGUCCAACCGUGCCUCAACUGGUACAGCAAGUACCGUGAACAGGAAGCCAUUCGCCUUUGCCUAAAGCAUUUUCGUCAGCACAACUACACCGAAGCUUUUGAGUCGCUGCAGAAGAAAACAAAGAUUGCUCUGGAGCACCCCAUGUUGACAGACCUGCAUGACAAACUGGUACUGAAGGGAGACUUCGAUGCUUGUGAGGAACUGAUAGAAAAAGCUGUGAAUGAUGGCUUGUUCAAUCAGUAUAUCAGUCAACAAGAAUACAAACCUCGCUGGGGGCAGAUCAUCCCCAAAAGCACCAAAGGUGAUGGGGAAGACAGCCGACCAGGGAUGAGAGGGGGCCAUCAGAUGGUUAUAGAUGUCCAGACAGAAACUGUUUAUUUGUUUGGUGGCUGGGAUGGAACUCAGGAUCUGGCUGACUUCUGGGCAUACAGCGUGAAGGAAAACCAGUGGACCUGUAUAUCCAGGGAUACCGAGAAAGAGAGUGGUCCUAGCGCCAGAUCUUGUCACAAGAUGUGCAUUGACAUUCAGCGAAGGCAGAUCUACACGCUGGGACGCUAUCUGGAUUCCUCCGUGAGGAACAGCAAAUCUCUGAAAAGUGACUUCUACCGCUAUGACAUCGACACGAACACAUGGAUGUUACUAAGCGAAGACACUGCAGCGGAUGGAGGUCCAAAGCUGGUGUUCGAUCAUCAGAUGUGUAUGGAUUCUGAAAAACACAUGAUAUAUACCUUUGGAGGCAGAAUUCUGACCUGCAACGGCAGCGUGGAUGACAGCAGAGCCAGUGAACCGCAGUUCAGUGGGUUGUUUGCUUUUGACUGCCAGUGUCAGACAUGGAAACUUUUGAGAGAGGAUUCCUGUAACGCUGGACCUGAGGAUAUCCAGUCCCGAAUAGGACACUGUAUGUUGUUCCAUUCUAAAAAUCGCUGCUUAUAUGUAUUUGGUGGCCAGAGAUCGAAGACUUAUUUGAAUGACUUCUUCAGUUACGAUGUAGACAGUGAUCAUGUGGAUAUCAUAUCAGACGGCACUAAGAAAGAUUCAGGGAUGGUUCCAAUGACAGGUUUCACUCAGAGGGCUACCAUUGAUCCAGAACUGAAUGAAAUCCACGUCUUGUCAGGGCUCAGUAAAGACAAGGAGAAGCGGGAAGAGAAUGUAAGGAAUUCCUUCUGGAUUUAUGACAUUGUGAGGAACAGCUGGUCUUGUGUCUAUAAGAAUGACCAAGCAGCAAAAGAGAAUCCAGGUAAAAGCCUUCAGGAAGAGGAGCCUUGCCCAAGGUUUGCUCAUCAACUGGUAUAUGAUGAGUUGCACAAGGUUCAUUACUUAUUUGGAGGGAAUCCUGGGAAGUCCUGCUCUCCAAAGAUGAGAUUAGAUGAUUUCUGGUCACUGAAGCUCUGUCGACCUUCAAAGGAAUACCUGCUAAGACACUGCAAAUACCUCAUAAGAAAGCACAGGUUUGAAGAAAAAGCUCAGACUGACCCUCUUAGUGCACUGAAAUACCUGCAGAACGAUUUGUAUGUAACUGUGGAUCACUCGGACCCCGAGGAAACAAAAGAGUUUCAGCUUCUUGCCUCAGCAUUAUUUAAGUCGGGCUCGGAUUUCACCACUCUUGGUUUUUCGGAUGUUGACCACACGUAUGCGCAGAGAACUCAGCUGUUUGAUACACUAGUCAACUUCUUUCCAGACAACAUGACCCCGCCUAAAGGCAACCUGGUAGACCUCAUCACGCUGUAACGGAGCAAUCACUGGACAUGUGGAAGAGGGGAAAAGCAUCCAUUUUCAGUAUUCUAAUUUUUUUACUGCAUUGAUUGACUGCUGGGAUGAAGUAAUAUAGUAACCCCUAGGUGUUUGAAAGGGGUUUUAUACUUGUAUGGUGAAUCCCUGAAGCUUUUCCCUUGGAGUAGGUUAAUAAAAUGUAACUGAUGUACUUCUGACUAAAUAUAUAUAUUUUUUCUGACUUUGGAUUUUGAGUUAGCGAAUGUAAGAUGCAAAGGUGGGGGGAAAGGAAAAAAAAAAUAAAACCCAAUCAUGCAGUGAUUGUUUUUGCCUGUAGGGGAGAAUUGAGAUUUGUGGGUUGUCUGAAAUUAAAGACGAUGGGUUUUAUUUUGGGUUUCGUGAGAAGUGGGGGGAGGUUGUUCUUUGCUCCUUUGUAGCUAGUCAUGAUAUAUUGCUUUAUCCUACAAUUCCAUCCUCAGCAGCUGAAUAACUUGGCGGCAGGACACUGGCACGCGUUGAGGUAAUAGUAAUGUAUGUGUCUUGAGUCCUGUAAUCGCAGUGUGUCAUGUGAAGGGGAGCACGUGUUACAAAUUCUCUGUCUCCUCGUCCCAGAACUGGGCUGACAGUAGUGUCUGAUUGCAUCUGAUGUCUGAUCUAAACCUAAAUACCUAAAUGCCUAUCUGGAGUUCUCUGGAGCCUUCCCCUUAGACCUGACAGGCAAGUGGGAACCUCAGAGAAACCACUGGAAAACAGGAGUGCAGCCGUCGUCUGCACCCGCCCCUUUUCAGGGUUUGUUCUGUUUCGCUGCCGUGCUCUUCCGAUGGGAAACCAUGCAGGUCCUUGCAGAGCCCAGCAGAAACUGGGUCUUCCACCACACGCACACCCAACCUCUGCAACCUGACUCCUGGUUGGGUGUAGGAUUUCUGAAGCAGAUUGUCUUCGUUUACAUGCACCUAUGCUUCUGUGUGUGUUUGCCAAUGUGUAAAUGUAAAGAGGAUUGCUCCGAACAGCUUGUCUCCUGCGUAUGUAGUGCAGCUCAUUCACUUUUAAAUGUAUUUCAGCCCUAGAUCUGAAUGUGAGGGAGGCCUUUCUAGCAUAAAUCUCUCUGAAAGCAAGCUGAUGUAUAUGUAUAGAAAACACAUGCUUCCUCGCUGAAAGCCUUCUUUAUAACAAGGUAAGGCUUGGUGCUGCACUAUGGAGUGGAAUGAAGGGUACGCAUACCCAGCGUUAGAAACUUUCCGCGUUCGGUGUCAGUGAGCGUUCAGUACAAACUGGCAGAUGUAAAUACUUAUAUGAGACUGCAAAGCUUUAUGUCCAGAAAUGUUCAUCCCAGUAGGGUAUCAUUGCUGCACCCACUGUGGCUACACGACUCCUGUGGAACUUGGUGGAAGUCUUGUGUGUGCAAAGAUGAUCUGAACUCUUGAAAUAAAGAGUUAGUGAAGUGUCUUUUUCAGAGCUCGAGUGUCUGCUUGCUUUGAUUGCAUUGUAUUGCUUCUUUAUCCUGUUCUUUGUGUGACUUUUGUAGUCCUGGUACGUUAGAAAUAAAUUUAAAAACGCAAAGCAGUGUUUAAUCACUUAGAAAGGAACGAUACAUUGGAGGCUGGGCUUUGCUUUGUCUUCAGGGAGGAUUAUACAAAUACAGUGUUUUUAACCUGUAACUUGAGACUGUUUAGACAUUGUAUACUUCAGUGGAUGGCAAAUCAGAUGUCCGUGGAAGACUCCACUCAGUACAGAGUGCAGUAAAUGAAAUCUGAUUAAAUUGUUUCUUUGAAACAUUACUUUUUUUUUCCAGUGACCUAGAAAGUUUUACGUCACUGCGAGGCUUUACGAUGCGCUGCCUUUGCUGACGCUUUGUUAACUAGUUGAAGUAGAGCUUAUAUGGUACAAAUGUAGGUACCGACGGUGCUAUACCAGGGGAAUAUUCCACCCGAGGCGUUGUUUCCAUUGAGAUUGAAUUGAGCACUUUUAAUGCAACCAGCCAAAAUGUUGCAGCCCUCUAGUACAUAAAAUCCUAGCGCUGUUGUGCUCCCUUAUCACUUGAUCUCAUUGCCUGUGUGUUCUCCAACUUCAGUCAGACCAUUAGCUGCUUUUUGUGACAGUUUUCUAAUCAACCAAGCUCUUUGUAGACUUUUUAUGCAUACACCUUCGGUGACUACGUGUGAGGCCCAACCCAAAAGGUACAACCUGACUGAGGAGCCCCCCGCGAGUCCUCAGUGGAAGUUUAGGAAUGCGAAAGUGUCGUGGAUGGGGGUUGCUGGUGAGCAGUGCAUCGUGUCAGGCUCGGUUUGUGUUACAGAAAUUCGAUCAAAACUCGUUGUCCUCUGCGUCGGGGGGUGCAUGCAAAGCCCGACAGCCUGGCUCAGUUUUUGUAGCGUAGCGUAAAUGAAUGAUCUGUCUGAGCGAGGUGAACGUUGCUUCUGCAGGACUGACGAUCCCAGCUAACGAGAGCGCUUCAGGAUGGUCAAAUAUUGACCUACCUUUAUCCUGAGCAGAUCGAUUUCAGCUCGCACAAGUACAGUUUAUGGAUUACAGCUGGUGAUUAACCAGCAGAGAAACUAUUUGCUCAGCCUCGGAGUAUUUCUUGAGCAGCAGAGGCACCCUGUGGCCAGAGAGGUUAAUCCAAAGUGAAGGUUUCUUGUGGCUUUGCCAAGGGUCUUACCUGGUUUUCUGUCCUUUAAGCUAGGAGUCGAAAUGAUUUCUUCGCAUUGGUGUAUGCUACACUCCCUGAUUUAAAAACCAGUUAAAGAUUCUGAGCAGUAAAGUAUACAUUUCCUCUCAAAACAAGCCAGUUAUUGACAAGCAGUUACAAGGAGAGUUUGAAUUUAAUUACAUGCGGAUCUUUAAAGAUACUGGUGAUAUGCCAGGAAAGCAUUAGCUGUGAGCAUUACAGAAACAGUGAGGUACAAACAGAAAAGGGACCCACUUGGUCUGAAAACAGCCACCUGAAAACGUUUCACAGCACAGUGCGUGCGAUGUUAUAAAUAUACAAGCUGUACGUGAGAAGUCUUCGAGCCUCAGCCGUACUGCUUGCAGGCUGUAGCAGAGGUGGCCUUUCAGCUUAGGCAAGACAAACAUGCUAUAUUUGCUUUUACCUUAUAUUAUAAGGUGACUUUGUGUAUGGAUUUAACACCACACAAUCUUUGCACUACGGUAGUUUAUCUCUAAAUUAUGUGUUAACUUGUAAAUAAGGUAUUGCAAAAGAAAGCAACGUCAGAGGGACUCGUUUAUGACGACUGGGGUCUUUAAAGCCAAAGUUACGAGGUUCUAGUAUGUUUUUCUUAAAGCUGUAGGAAGUCAGAGUGGACUGAACUUGAUACAAACAUCAAGAUUUCAGUCCUGAUUUAGCUUUUCUUUAAAAAUCCUUCUGAGAUCCAUGGGUUUGGUUCUUCACUGGCACUGGCCUUCAGCAUAGUUGCCCUAACAAUAUUAUUCAGUGGAUCAUUUCUUUGGAAGGCAUGCAAUUAUUCUUUAUGUAAAGUUGUUCCUAUCAAGUGACACAUUUUCCUAGAGAAAUAACACUCUUGGGAAUUGAUUUUUUUUUUUUGGUCAGUUGGAUGAGGCAGAAUUAAGUGAGUUUCUUAAUGUUUGUCUUGCACAACCCCUCAUAGUAAUCAUGAGGCAGAAGUCCUUGAGGGUUCUUCCGAAAUGACUUCUCCAAGCAAGCACUGCUAUUGCAGUGUGACCUAACGCAUUUCCAUGAGGCUGGUGGCGGAGGGACCUACUUAGAUGAUGUUGUUACAAAUGAGGAGACUAUAGCCACCUCCUUCCCUUUUUUUUUUGUUUCUUGAGGGUCCUAUUAAUUAAUAUUUCUCCUGAGGUGACCCGAAAGGCAAUGUGAAGUAGUUAUUGAAAUUAGUUGUAGCUUUUCUCUUCUGGCUCUUUGAAAGAUAACGUUUGUGACAUAUUUAUCCUUAAACAUCUCUUCCGUUUGCUGAGUGCAAUGAGGAAGGAGAACUUCGUGUUGGAAGAGUUGAGUUUGCUCCUUUUCUGGACAGCAUCCCACGUGUGGUGUUCAGGUAGCGAUACCCAGUCGUGUAAAUGAGUGUCUGGGGUUGGGUUCUGUUUGCCCGGGAUGGCUCUGUGCGCGUACCUGGUACACAUGAGCUCAGGGGUCAAGCUGGAGGUUCCUACCAGAAGACCGAUUAGCAAAAUUGUGCUCUUGUUUUGGAAAAAGUCAAUCUGUGAAGACCCAAUGGGAAAGGCUUUUCUAAGGUAUUUGCCUUGUGCAGUGGUAACUAGAGCGAAAUCCGGAAACUUCCCCAAAGAACGUACUAAAGCUUGCCCGUAUGAAGGUUGUACUUGAGUGAGGAUGCAGUGAGAGGCCUGAAUUAGGUGGCUGACACUUUUGAUCAUCAGUUAUAAUAGCCUAGCCUGAAAAUGUAAUGACUGAGGAGUCAGUGAGCAAAGGAUUGGACUGCUAAUUUGGAGGAGAGCGGCCUCUUUGCAGAAGCACUGGGGCUAGCGGCAAGGGAUCGCGAUAGCUUUUCCUAUGUUUAAUCAGCAGCCACAAGUGUCAGGGUCUCCAUUAGCUGUUUCUUCUUCUAGAAGAGACUCCUUACAAAGCACAGUAAUGACUCUGGAAGAGUGUUUUCCGUUGGGCUUUGUGAAACAGCUGUUUUCUAAAUCAUUUUCCUGAUGCGUGCAAAUUUGUAGAAGGGAAUUUUCUUUGUCGCAGGAUUGUACGCCGCUCUUGCCCUGCUGUGCAAGCUUGCACUUGAGUGCUGCGGGCAACGAGUGGUAAAUUCAGAGCAGUGUUCUGAGAAACACUUGAAACUUGUUUUCUGCUCUUACUGUAAGAAAGAUUAGCAUUAAUCCCGCUUGCUUCAGAUGCAGGAGGGUGGCAGGUACCUGUAACACUAAUACUAUUAAUACUCUUGCUGCCUCCUGUGUUUCAGAAUUGAGAAGGAAAUGCUUUCUUAGAGCUUAUCGAAUGAAACUUCUCGUAUGAAUUAAUGCUGUGCAGCCCUAAACCUGAAUGCUGCUACAUCUCUGUACAUGCAGUAAUCCUGUUGAUGUAGUGCUGUGCUGCCUCUGGGGAAAAUGGCACAAAUUACUACGUUUCCAUUUGGUACCUUUGUUUUUAGACGUGGAAAAAUGUCUUGUAAAACCUUGAGUCCCAGUGUACGGUUUGAAUUUUAGCUUAUUAGUUGUGGUUGGCUUGGAGUUGAGGAAUGUUUGGCUAUUGUCAAGUGAAGUCCUGACAGUAAAAGCAAUUCCUGUAUGUCUCUGGAAGUGCUUGUGUUGUUUUAUAGCUGUAGUUAUUUCAGGAACAGAGGUGGGCCCAGUUAGAACAGCAAUAACUUUUUUUUGUGUGUGAUUAGGGGAAAAAUUGUGGAAACCCUGAAUGAGUUUGGCUGAUUUCAAUAAGCACAGGUGAUAAUCUGGAGAUGGGUCUUAUUUUGUGAGAGUUUGCGAUCAACUAUGACUUGUUCUUGGUAUAGACUGAUAGUUGUAUGUAAGCUGUAAAUAUUGUUGAAAUGUGAAUGUACUGUCAGAGGCUUGUUAGUGUAUCUAAAUGCCUGUGGGUACGGUGGAGCUGAUCAUAUCGGGUCAUGGAAAAGGUUAUGCUGGAAAUUAUUCAAGUUGUGGUAAUGACUUAUAGGCAAAAUCCCUGUUUUACUGAAAGUCUCUAUUAUAAUGAAAAGCUGGAGUGGAAAAACUAGGUUUACUGUACUGGAACCAUUAUAAUAAUACAUGGCUCAGUACUUGGUUAAAUUGACUCCAGAUGCUUUUUAUCUGUAGGCAGUGGAUCCAAACGCGGUUUCAGAGUGGAAGCCAGUUAAUGACCUGCUUAUUGCUGUUUGAGAGCGCACGAGAAAACGCCGUGGUUGAUGCCAGCAGGUAUAAUUUUGGCAUUCCUGGCAGAGGUCAAAGAACUGGAUGGAGUUUUGGAUUAUCUGCGUAUGCUUUGGGAUACAUAAACCUCUGAAGUAGGUAGUGGUUGCAGGGGUUGUAUAUAACGCCAGCUUGUGCAGUUUAAGUGUAGGGGUCUGCAAGCAGCAUCUUCCCCAGGCACAGAUCCAAAACGGAACAUAUCGCUGCUGUUCCCUUUGCUUUCAUAUAUUUGAACUCGAUUUGUUAGUGUUGAACUCCAGAUACUUGCUGUGACCCAAAUUCAGCGCUCUGCUUCUGAAUAUCUACAGCCUCAGACUUGCGUGAGCUGCUGUCAGCGUAUCACUUCAGUAUCCUGAAAUCUUAAUUUAUACUCAGUGCAGACAAAGGUACAUGUUGUCUUGCUUCCAGCUGUUUGCUAGAAGUCAGCACAGCUUUUACUGCCGACCUGGAGACUGUAAGUAUUUAAGUGGUGUCAGAAAUCAGCUGACUGUGUUCAACUCUAGCGUGGCAUCACAGUUCAUUCCUGGGAAAAGUGGGGUGAGUGAAUAGCUCAAAACUGGCUCUGCCAGGUUAGAUUUUUGGGUUUGCUACUAAUGAGAAUUGAAAAUCUGUCACUAGCAUAUGUGGUGUCCAGCAUGAUGGCCAAAUCAUGGUCCUUUGGGUAUUCCCCGUUUGUUCUAACCUUUUCUUUCCCUGUGUCACUGUUCACUGCUACUAAAAUGCUGUAAUGGUUAGCACUCGGGACUCUGAAUCCAGUGAUGCGAGUUAAGGUUGACAGAGCAGGGGCACAGGCUGCCCGGAGAGGCUGUGGGGUCCCUUCCCUGGAGACAUUCACCCCCCGCCUGGACGCGGCCCUGUGCCCCUGCUCUGGGGGUGCCUGCUCCAGCAGGGGUGGGACGGGGUGAGCUCCAGGGGUCCCUGCCAGCCCCCACCAGUCUGGGACUCUGUGAUUCUGCUGUGCCUUCAGUCUUCCCCACGCGUAAUGGAGAACCUGCUGAAGAAUUAAAGGUUAGAGCUGUGUGGUGGUUAUGAGGCAUCAGUUUCUCCAUGUCACGUCACCAUACUCCAGCGGCUUCCUUUGCAAAACUCCUUACUGCUGCCUCUGAAACAGCCAGGGAGGACCCUUGUGAUUUACGUCGUUGUCCCCGAGGACUGUUCCUCCCCCGGGGUAAGGCCGGGGAAGCGUGGGAGCUGGCUUCCCGGCAGCAGCGUGGUGUGCUGUCAGCGUAACGCUGCAGCCUACGCCUCUUGCAGCCCUCCGCGGCCCGGCGGUCGGGGCUGCGCUAAGCCUUCCCUCCUGCCUCGGCAGGGUGCGCUUCGCGUGGCGGCUCUUCGGCGGGAGUCAAAGAUGAUUGUACCAGUGCUCAAGUUCAUUUAAAUAAUAGUCCUAGGUUUCUGCCACCUGCUUUUGUAAUCCCCAAGUCUUUCACCACUGGAGGCAAAUAGCUAGCGGUUGGGGUGUUUGGUUUAUUUCUGCAGCGUAGCAGGGCAGAAGGAAUGGGAAGAGAAACAUCUUGGGGACAAUAUAGCAGUGGCUCACGUGAGGAUGCGUUUAAGAUGUGGUCUGGCUGUUGUGGGAGGACUUUGUACACUCUCUUAACAAGUAGUUCUGCUAUUUAGAGCUGAUAUUUUCACGUGAGCCGCAUUCUCUGGCUCUUUUUCAAAUGGAAGCGAUGCAAUAGCGGGAUCUUCUAGUCCUGGAGCUUCACCCCGAGCUUUGGCCCUCUCCACCCCAAAGACACCAGAGAGACUAACACAAAUAUUUCUUUCUCCCCAGUCCCUCUGCAGCGAUUGCAGGGAAGCCGGCUGGGCUUAACGCUGUUCAAACACACUGGAGGUUGUGCAGCACGAUCGGUUAUUAGCGCAGGUCUGGCAGCCUUAGGAGGUUGAUAAAACCUAAAAACGUUCUGAACUUUCUGAUAAGAGCUGCCAGGGAGACUAAGGGAGAUCAGCUGGUCUUUAAUUCAUAGGAUGGUGGGAAGGCUAGACCACAACAGUAGCUCCAGCGGUUGCAAUCUUCUCCGCUUCCCAAGUACCUAUGGAUAAGUUUUUCUCCCCAAUGAGAAAAUACACUUUAAAUAUCCUGACUUUGUAACUAGCUGCCCACGGGACUGAAUCAAUCGCUUCGUGUUUCACUAAAUAGAAAAGUGCUGCAGUGUGUGAACAGGGUCUGCUCAUUGAAGAAGUCACUUGGAGGCUGAAAAGUGAUUUUUUUUUUUUUUUUUUAAGUCUUGGCAAAAACCUCACCUUCUAAAAGGGGAAAAUGGCUCUUAUCAACCUGUGCUUUCUCAGCCAGCGAUUUCACUGCAAAUAGUCCAGUCUGAACGUCGGCUGAUCCUCCUGCCCCUGCUUGCCCUGCAGUAAGAGGCGCUAUUCAGAAAGUCACAGCCCGGUUUCCUUCCCCAAGCAGUGCAGAGAGCUCCUGUACUGGCGAAGACACUUAUCUAACCACAGAGGGGAUAACUGUUGUGCCGCUGACUCGUUCUCCCCUCUCGCCUGCCGCGGUAAUUGGGAAGGCAGACUAGCAGUGGCUGGAUAUUUCCUUCACCUCUUCCUCAUCGUUCCUGUCCUUCCUCCCUUCUCGCCCUCCCAUUGAUGUUUUGAUGAAAACACUUUUCACUUCACAAACUGCUGUGCUGGGUAGUGGAGAAGAAAACAAGCCCCUAGUUAUUAGUAGCUGUUGCUAUUUACCAAAGCUAUAUUUUCUGCUGUGUCUUCCAGCAUCCCCUCCUCCGCAGCAGGAAAUGAGGGGCUGCUGGGGAGACCAAAAGCAAGAGAAGGGAGCUUAAUUAUACGAACAGGUGUGUUCACGGGAGUUUUGGAGGCCCUGAACCUUGUAGACCACUUUGCCUAGGGCAGAAAAUUAAAGCCUGUUGGCUCAUUCUCAUUCAGUGGGAGACGAUAUUCCCACCCCCGUGGGCCAGUGGUCGCGUGCAUCUUGUACGUUUAGAUGCGGAGAUGCACCGUGCCUCGUGUGGGAAGGAUCUAGUCUUGGUAAAUGUUUUCUCUUUGAACGCUGUGCUUCGAAACUGCUGAAACCACCUUUCUCUUCCAGACGCAUUGCUGGCAUGGGGUUACACACCGCUAGGCUGGCUGGCGGGACACCACCGCCUGGUUAGGGGUGCUUUUUCAAGCUGUUUCUCUGAGCUGUUGCCUCUACUCUUAGCGUAGCGCUCCACAGUGUGGAGGUUUGUUUGUCUGGACCUUUGAUCUUCGUUCUCUCGUCCGCUACACCCUCGUGUGGUCCCCAAGAGCAGGUUAUUCCCUGUGUAGUGCUUGGAGUUGUGAGUGUCUACCCCCUGUCCAGAAUUUGGCCCUUUUUUUUCCUGUUUUGGCAUCCGACCUGAAACAUUUGCAUCUCUACAGUACUCCCGGUGUCUGUCUGAAUUCCCUCUGGUGUCUGUCCUGCAGUUGUUGCCUCGGGCACUGACCACCGGAGAGCUGAACCGAGAGGUGCGAACAGCCCUGGGCUGGCAAGGAGUGUCCGUGGGGUGAUGAGCGCUUUGAACCGCACGUGUCUUUUAAUAAGUCGAAUCUUGACUAGUCCUGUGUUGAGCCCGUGGUGGUUACAGGCAUCGUCUGGGCUCCGGUGAUUCCUUAUCCUGCCCUUUUCUUUACAGAUAAAUGGAUGAUCUUUGUUUAGCCCAGAGUGUUAAUUUUCUUCCUUGGCAUAAACCAUCUUUGAUAAUUUCUGGGUUGAUACAUAAGCCCCAUGCUGUACAUAAAUGAAUGAGCGAUACGAGGAAUAUCUACCAAUGUAGUUAUGUUGUAUGUAAUGUACAUAAGGAGAGAAUGUAUUUUGUUCAUUUUUUUUUUUUCUUAAUAAAAAUGUAUACGCUA